CAUCAUGUUUGUCAGACACUUGAGUUCCAUUCUCGUCUUAAUUCUGGCGGUUAGUGCUGCGAAGCCCCGACGUCGUCCGGUGGAUGAGUGUCCCACCAUUAAGUUGAAGCGUCAGUGGGGCGGCAAGCCCUCUCUGGGUCUCCACUACCAGGUGAGACCCAUCCGGUAUGUGGUUAUCCAUCAUACAGUCACGGCAGAGUGCAGUGGACUCCUCCAGUGCGCCGAAAUACUUCAGAAUAUGCAGAGCUAUCAUCAAAAUGAGCUGAACUACAAUGAUAUUAGUUACAACUUUUUAAUCGGAAGCGAUGGCGUUGUCUAUGAGGGAACUGGUUGGGGUCUCAGAGGAGCCCAUACUUAUGGCUAUAAUGCCAAUGGCACUGGAAUAGCUUUCAUUGGCAACUUUGUGGAUAAGCUUCCCACACCAGCGGCUCUACAAGCUGGUAAGAGCCUUCUAAGCUGUGGCGUUAAACAGGGAGAACUAGCCGAGGAUUAUGCACUCUUGGCUGGCUCCCAAGUGAUCAGCACUCAGAGUCCUGGACUAACGCUCUACAAUGAGAUCCAAGAAUGGCCACACUGGUUAUCCAAUCCAUAAAAUAAAACUAAAAAAUUAAAAUAAAUUAAAAUUAAAACAAUAAAU